UUUGUAUUGAUGAUUUUAUGUUGAUAUUGUGUUAUGGUUCGAGUAGAUAUGUGUAUAAUAUGUAUAACUAAUUAAAAAGCAAUGUUCAAUAGAUACAAUGUGCUGGACAUAUCCUCUGGAUUAGAAGAUAUCGGCUCCGUCCAGGGACACCUGGUGUUGUCCCUUGUUCUAGCCUGGGCGGCCGUGUACGUUUGUGUCAUCAAGGGUAUUAGGUCCUCAGGAAAGGUGGUGUAUGUGACAGCCACACUUCCGUAUCUGCUUCUCGCCAUCCUAUUCGUCAAUAAUCUUACAUUACCUGGCUCUUUGGAUGGUAUCAUCUUCUUCAUCAAACCGGACUUCAGGUCACUUUUGGACAUACAGGUUUGGCUCGAAGCUGCUAUACAGGUUUUCUACUCAGUGUCGAUCGGAUGGGGGCUUCAUAUCACACUGGCCAGUUACAAUACAUUUAACAACAAUUGCCUCAGAGACACCUUUAUGAUGACACUCGCCGGAGAAGGAACUAGUGUAUUCGGCGGGUUUGUUAUCUUCUCCGCACUCGGAUUUAUGGCACAUGAAGCGAAUGUCCCUCUUACAGAAGUUGCCAAAUCGGGACCUGGUUUAGGAUUGGUGGCCUACCCUAUGGCUUUAGCACAGAUGCCCCUCCCCAACAUCUGGGCUGUGCUGUUCUUUAUCGCCAUGAUAACACUGGGGCUGGAUAGUCAGUUCACUUUUACGGAAAUCACCUACGUAUAUUUUGAGGACUGCUUCUUGUUCAUGAGAGAAAAGCAAAUGAUAUGCAGAGCAGGUUUAUCCAUGCUUGGCAUUCUGCUAAGUUUGCCAUUUUGUACCCAGGCGCCGAGCGGUUCUCACGAGACAUAGAAAUGAUGAUCGGCAGGAGAGUACCAGGCUACAUCAAGUUUUGUUGGUCUUUUCUCUCACCUUUUCUCUUAUGUGUGUUGAUAGUAACGAGUCUUGUGUCAUAUGUACCACCUACAUACGGGGACUAUGUAUAUCCGAGUUGGGCUGCUGAUGCUGGAUGGGUGUUCUCUGUGCUGCCAAUUACACCACUCCUCGUUAUAGGACUAAGAGUCGUAUAUUUCUCACCUGGAAAAACAAUUAACCAGAAGCUACGUCAGUCUAUAAGACCAACUGAGAGCUGGCAUCCAGCAAAGGACAAUGUCGAUUACCUGGCUCUUUCCAGUGAAACCCGAAGUACCGAAUGACCGGUUCUACCAGUUAACGGAUCCAUGACAGAGCUGGUCCUUAAAUCCAGAUUGCAAUAGGAACAAUUCCGUAUGACGGCACAAGGUCGCGGACUAUCGCAGAUAGCUUACCGUGAUUCCCUGUGUAUUGCUCGCGGGUUACAUGAUUUUAAAACAAGCGUUCUGCGGGCUAUCUGAUGAAACAGGCUUUCUGACAAAAUAUUUUCAAAAAGUCAAAAAGAUUGCUUUUUGUGCUUCCCUGGUGUAAUAUCCGAUGCUAGCAUUGUUUACGUCCUAAAUAUAAAGGAUUAUUUACCUCUGUCUGGACAAGUAAAAACAAACUCACAAAUAUAUCUAGAAAUAUGUUGAUUAACAGUCUUUAAUUAUCAAGGCCGAGAGCUAUACACAAACAGAGUGUUUUCCCUUAUGGUUGACUUAUACUAAAUUACAUAAUAGAUAAUUCGCGGGCAAUACACAAGAGCGGGCUAUUUGCAGAUUUCAGAUUAUAAAACCAUUUUCCUGGCUUUAGCGGGCAAUCUAACGAAGCGGGCAAUACACAGAUAAUUAGAGUACAAUUAUAUUAGGCGAAAUUGGUGACUAUUUUCAACACUUUUGCUAUUGGAGACACAAAUUCCUAUACUUCAUUGUGACUAUCAGAUUUACUACUAAUACUUUAUUACUUGGAUGUUGAGUAUUUUCGUAAAAUAAAUGGAAUACUUAAUUAAAA